UUCGAAACUCUUGAUAAAUGAACCUUCCGUAUGAGAGUGUCAGUCGCCGGUUGACUCCAGGAGGUUGUGUUUGCGUUGUUUUGGAAACCAUGAUUCAAAGAAACAGAUUUAAUAUAUAUGGCUUCUUUCUGCUGUUAUUAAGCGGGUGCCCCUUGGCCACGCACAAUAACCUACACAGAGAUGACCAGGCCAUUGCACGACCUGUGAUCUUGGAGACUCAGCACGGGAGUCAGCGUCUGUCAAGCACCCACCCCUCAAGUGGUCAUCCAUCGGGCGAUCAUCCUCAGCCUCAUCCAUCGAACCAACGUCCCCGACCGUAUUAUACAGGAGACGACCAGCUAGGGUCUCCAUAUUACCUGGAUUCAGAGGGACGACCGGCGGCCCAGCCUCCGCAUGUGGCACCAGAGGACCUUUCCUUCAAGGGGAAGGAAUGCGAGAGCGACUACAAGGGCCCCUGCCUCCCGACGGAGAAGUACCGCAGCCACAGCGGCCGUUGCAACAACCUCCACUACCCUGGUUUCGGCGCCGCGGACGAGCCUCUCCCUCGGAUUCUGCCGCCGGUGCAUCACGACGCCUUCUUCAGGACCCGCUCCGCGACGGGCGGGCUGCUCCCCAACCCGCGCGUCGUGAGCCUGGCCGUGCGGAAUCUGCCCCCGGCGCGCCCCACGGAGCACAACGUCAUGGUCAUGCAGACGGGCCAGUUCAUCGACCACGAUUUCGUUCUCACGCCCGUUGUUCGAGGCGCCGACGACAAACCACUGGAAUGUAAGGAUUGCAGCUCGUGGACCAAUCCUGGAUGCGUGCCCAUUCCCAUUCCUCGAAACGACCCCUUCAUGUCCGCCCACGACGCCAAGACCGGGAAGCUUCGGUGCCUCCCCUUCACGAGAACCGUCGUCAGAGGUCGACCUAAUGGCUUUGGUCGUCACACGGUCGACCAGAUCAACACCAACACUGGAUUUCUGGAUUUGUCGACGGUCUACGGCACCAGCGACUGCCGCAUGAACCGCCUGCGACUGUUUGCCAACGGUCACAUGACUGAGACUCGGGUCAUGAACUUCGACAAAGGGGUUUUGCCUCUGGUUCCUGGCGACUUGUUCGAGGACUGCCGUACGAAGCAUAACAAGUGCUUCAUGGCAGGGGAUGACAGGAGCAACGAACACCUUGGCAUAAUGGUCACUCACAUACUGUACCUUCGUGAGCAUAAUCGCAUUGCAAUGGGGCUCGCGAAAAUCAACCCCCACUGGGACGACGAGAGGAUCUAUCAGGUCGCCAGGCAGAUCAACAUAGCCCAAUAUCAGCACAUGGUUUACAACGAGUUUAUCCCAACACUCAUCGGUUACUGGAAAGCUAAAGAAUACGAUUUGCUUCCUCAGAAAAACGGUUACUCAAAUCACUACGACAGCCGCGUGAACCCCGGCGUCUUGAACGAGUUCACCACGGCAGCCUUCCGCCUCGGGCACACGAUGAUCCCGGACGAUUUCCGGAUGCUGGACAAGGCCUACCUGCCGGUCUCGUCGUUCCCGCUCGUCGAGACCUUCCACAAUACGACUAUGGUGUUCCCGAUGGAAUCCGGCGACUACCUGGUUCGCGGGAUGGUAGGAACCAGGUUGAAACCGGUCGACCUGAUACUCGUGGACAUCACCCUCAACCGACUCUUCGAGAAAUUAGGAGUUCCUCAUUCGGGAGAAGACCUGUUUGCCAGGAACAUAGCUAGAGCCAGAGACCACGGCAUUGCUUCGUACACUACAUAUCGACAGUUCUGUGGUCUGGGACCUACUGCGAAUUUCGACGACCUGAGAAGCACCAUGUCCGACGAAGCAAUAACCGCCUUUCGGCAGGUCUACGCCAGUGUGCACGAUAUUGACCUCUAUGUCGGCGGUCUGGCAGAGAAGCUGUUGCCUGGGGCUUUAGUGGGCCCGACAUUCGCCUGCAUCAUCGCCUUCCAAUUUCUCAACAGUAAACGUGGAGAUAGAUUUUGGUACGAGAAUAAGGACGCGGGUUUCAGCUACGUGCAGCUCCACGCCAUCCGCAGCACAGCGUCCUUCUCUAGUAUAAUGUGCGAAAAUAUGGCCGAGAAGUUCGACCACAGGAUACCACCCCAAGCGCUGCGUUUGCCGUGCAACCGGAAGAAUCCUCUUACUCCGUGUAGCCAUCUGCACAAGCUAGACCUGACUCUGUGGGCCGAGAAACCGACGUACCAGCCCAAGUCCUGUACGUAUAUGAGCGUCGUGUACCGCCCUGGUGCUCCUGUGUCCGUGUCGCCUUGCCUCGCCUGCGUCUGUCACACGGAUGGCAAGCUCCAGUGCAAGGCUUCCCCUCGAGGCUGCGAAUAUCCUGGAAUGGACGAGUACUGUAAACUCUACUGUGAAGAAAGCAUUUACCGUAUUUAACAGGGUCGGUAAGGUGACUUGUAUGAAUUAUACUGUUGAAUUAUGCUGUUAAAUCUAUCUCCUGUAUACAUAUAUUUUUAUAUAGAAAUGAGUAUUAAAGUGGAAAAAAAAACUUG